GCGAAUAUGGUGCCUCCUGUUUAAUGGCGUCACCAGGCAGUUGCAGUAAGGGUAUGGCUCUAAACAAAGCAAACGUUCAGAGCACAGAUUUGCCAAAAGCAUCUUCUAGGCAAGUAAAGAUGGAUCAGACUGGCUGCCUGGUGCAAGACCACACGUUCUAAGAUAUUGAAGGAACAAAUUACAUGGACGACUUGCUGGGAAGUAUGCGCUGUGAUUCAAGGGCUUCGAUAACUAGUUACAGAGCAGAGUUAUGUUAAUAAAUAAUGCCCUUCUUCGGCUGCAAUUGGCGUGGCGGAAUUGCCAAGACCAAAAGCGGCUAGGAAAACAGCUAGACCCGAAGCAGCCACAGCAAGCCGUUUUGCGGCCUUUCGACCCAGCUGAAUCGCUAACAUCAACUACCGAAGGCAACGAUCCUCCCUCGAAAGUCCUUCUCUGCCAGACAUCUGGCCAGCCAGCUUGUCUCCAAUUCCAAUUUUAUUCUGCCUUAUGGCGUCCGGUUAGAGGUCGUCUAAGGAAUGUCCGCUCUUUGAUUCAGCGAUCCUUGACGCCCAUUGCCGCUCUCUCCGCUACGUCUGUCGGAACCGACCGCUAUGCUUAA